AUGAAAUUGAGUUAACAAUAGCCUUUUAUUUCCUGGUUUCAAUGUGUACUGCGUAUUAGUAAAGCAUAGCACGAUGAACCAGUCGACACCACAUUAUGACUUUUCUAUAUGUUAUAGAAAUGACACCGCCACAUCCUGGGUUCCAGCUGGAAUGGAAUACUUCUUUGGAGUAUCUGGCAAUGUCAUAGCCUUUAUUCUUCUCUGGGUCAACCGUAGGGAACACCGAUGGUUUUCGUUCUUCAAACUGUUCACAGGUCUGGUCAUUACCGACUUUUUGGGAGUAUUUCUUGCUUACCCUUUUAUUAUGGCAAGAUAUGCCUCUGGAUUCAAGUGGUGUUACCCGGAACGUCUUUGUGAAUUCUGUUCUUUCGUGUUUGUGGAUGCUCAUUUAUCGGCAGCUCUACUGAUUUGUGCAAUGUCAGUCGAUCGGUUUAUGCAUUUAAGGAACACUGAGGGCUACCUGAAUUCACGCAUAAACUAUACUUUCGUUCUGAUAGGAAUUUGGUGUGGAGCCAGUAUCAUCUCUCUUCUGCACUUAGUUGGAGUUGGACAAAGUAACUUAUAUUUUCCUGGCUCGUGGUGUUAUUUUGAUUUUGUGGGCGAUUCAACUGGAAACCGCGUCAUGUCAUACCUUUAUUCUGUAAUUGGUUUCAUUGUCAUACUCGUUACUGUUGCAAUUAAUGUCGUUACAAUGUACAGGAUAUGCAGAGACCCAGUACAAAGAGGGAACCUUCUGGAUACAAGUGUUGUUUCCGGAUUUUAUGAUUCUCAUGUAAUGAUUUUCAUAAGUGCAGUAACUGUUGUGUUUGUCAUUCUGUGGACGCCUCUAGUUGUGGACAUCUUUCUGCAUGCCACCAAUAUUAGAACAAGAAAUGACAACAACGGUAUUGAGCUAUGGCUUUUACGAAUGGCUGUCUUAAAUGCUAUUGUUGACCCUUGGUUGUAUAUAGUGCUCAGGAAGGAGUCGUUGCGCCAAAUCGUCAUUUGUUUCCGCUAUUGUAGAAAAAGUUCAGAGGCAAAGGAAUUCAAAGAAACAGAUGAAUUGCUUCCCUGAUUUAAUAUACUGUGCAUAAAAAUGAAUUUGCCAUUAAGAAGGCAGAAGUCAUGUCAAUAUAAAUUGAUUUGUUCUGUUUUACAGCACGAAAUUGAGUUGUUUUAUCCUCCCCCCGUAAUUACAUAUUCGGGGAUAUAUCGGUUUCGUCCGGUCCGUCUGACUGUCUGUACGCAAAAUUUUAACCUUACCAGUAGCGUUUCAUUUCUUUGAGCUAUGUCUUUUAUAUUUCACAUAGGUAUUCCUUGUCCCAAGGUAUUUCUUUGAGUACAAACAUUAUUUUAAGUCUUGAGCCUGAACUUGAGUUUGAGGCAAAACCUCGGAUAAAACUUUUGAACAGUUUGAGCUAAGGUUUCCAUACCUCACACAUGUGCAUUCACAAUGACAAGUCCUUUCCAUGGAGAUAAAAUUUCUGACACAUUGACCUUCGAGUUUAACCAAGAUAUUAUCCGUGGCCAUAAGGUCUGAAAAGUUGGUACAAGGGCUUAAAUAUUUAACAUGUUUUGUUGUCAUACGGGGCAAUUAGUAUUUCAUAAAUACAUAUUGUUGCAAGUGUUAUCAUAUAUAAUAUUUUGUUAAUUACGUUUUUUUAAGUUUGUGAGAGUACUGUUAAUAAAAUAUGUACAUGUAUAUAGUCUAACAUGGGUUCCUGUAAAGACUCGAGCUAUUAACAGUGGAACAGAGAAAGAAAAAUUGGAAUGUUUACAGAAACUCCUGAAAGAAAGUUUCUGUAGUAGAACCUUUAUUUCUUGACUGGAAUUGAAACCUAACACACAUAUCUGUAAAUGGAAACACAUAUAAACAGGUUUUAUAGUCAUUCAUAAAUAGAACAACAGCUAUGAAGUAUUGUAAACAAAUGAAUUAAAAAUAAUUGUUUUUUAAUAGAUUAUACGUCAUAACGUUACAAAAAAUGCACUAAUUUGGAAGAUAAGUCUAAUUGUUACAUUCAAUGUCUUUAUGUGGUCCAAUGUUGUUUGAAAGCGCGACUUUCUAUCUAGUUAUGACUGUGAAUUUUCCACCUGUAAGAUGAGGCAACAGGGAUAAGUUGAUGGAUAUAAUUUUAAAAUUUACAGUUUUAAAAAUAUUAUCAUUCAACAUGUUUGCAAAAAAAAAGCUUUUUAAUCCUCAAUUUAUUUUUAAGUUCAUUGCUUUAGGAACCAGGCAUAAAUAAUAUAUUCUUUGUUGUCUAGUUUUUCGGAACUUUGUAAUGGAGAUUGAAUAAUUAAUGUUACAUUGUACAAGUAUUAAAUUACUAGCCUAGUGAAACAAGUACUUACAAGUCAGUCAACUAAUUAUCAAAAUGUAACUUCCUGUCUGAUUCAACGUCACAAUUUCAUACAGUGUUAUAUUUUUUCCUGUUCUAUCAUAUAAGAAUUUCAUCAGUAUUAAUUAUGAUUUCUUCUAAAUUCCUGUAUCCUUGUUGUUUUUUCUGCGGAAUUUUGGUGUUUUCCGAGAUAAAGGAUAUACAUGUGUGUUGUAUAAAUCAACAUUUGUUUAAGUAUUGAAAUGUCAAGAUAGUAUGAAAAUC